AACAUUAUAAGUGCGCAGGAUAAGAACCUGUCCCUCCAUGCGCAUCUAAUCCACCUCCACCAACACCACAUACGCAUCCAUGGCUCCCGUCCUCCCUUUAUCCAGUCAUCAUCCCAAGUUUGGACUCCGAAACGGCGCCUUCCUCCCUUCCUGCUCGUGCUAUCUUGCGCACAGGAUUUUCCUCCACCCACCAGAUGUGGAAUCCGUCGCCUGGAGGAGGAGAAGAUUGUCCUCUGGACUUAGACGCUUAGUUCCCAUUGCUGCUGCGGCAUCGGUGCCUGGGCGCGACGGGAGUUCGAGCCGGGGCUCACAGGCUCGGAGAGCCUACCGGCAGUCCCAAGCGCUGCCCAGUAGCCCCGCGAAGCAGCUCAUCUCAGUUGCUGCACCGGCUGGCGUGUUCUUGGCUGUGACUUUUGUUUUAUGGAAGUUGGUGGAAAAAUUACUUGUAUCGAAACCAGGGAGACCUUCUGGAGAGUAUAAGUCAUCUUCAUCAGGAAUGAAAUGGUCCUUUGCUCCAGGAACAAAUCUGCCAUCGGGUGUUAGUUUGAAGAUUGAAAGGGAGUCCAGACAGAAGCUCAAUGAAUUUGCCAAAGAACUUAGGUCAUUCAAAAGCGUUGACUUAUCAGGUCGCAACUUUGGGGAUGAGGGUCUAUUCUUUCUUGCUGAAAGCUUAGGCUACAAUCAGAGUGCAGAGGAAGUGGACUUUUCUGCAAAUGGAAUUACUGCAGCUGGGUUGAAAGCCUUUGAUGGUGUUCUUCAGUCAAAUAUUGUAUUAAAGACUCUCAAUCUUUCUGGAAACUCUAUUGGUGAUGAAGGAGCUAAGUACCUGUCGGAUGUUUUGAUGGGGAAUGGCAGUAUUCAAAAGCUUCAGCUGAAUAGUGCCGGGCUGGGAGAUGAGGGUGCAAAGGCUAUUGCAGAGAUGCUGAAAAAAAACUCAAGCUUGCGGGUUAUAGAGCUUAACAACAAUAUGAUUGACUAUUCUGGAUUUACAAGUUUAGCUGGGGCAUUUCUCGAGAACAAUACUAUACGAUCAAUACAUCUCAAUGGAAAUUAUGGUGGCGCUCUCGGGGCUGCAGCUCUAGCUAAAGGGAUUGAAGGGAACAAGUCUUUGAGGGAGCUUCAUUUGCAUGGAAAUAGUAUUGGCAAUGAAGGUGUGCGGGCUUUGAUGUCAGGUUUAUCUGCACACAAGGGGAAAAUCACACUUGUAGACAUUGGCAACAACGAGAUUGGUUCGAAAGGCGCCUUUCAUGUUGCUGAGUUUAUCAAGAAAAGUAAAGGCUUACUGUGGCUGAAUCUUUACAUGAAUGACAUAAGUGACGAGGGAGCUGAAAGAAUUGCGGACGCUUUGAGGCAGAACCGGACAAUAACAACUAUAGAUUUGGGCGGUAAUAAUAUCCAUGAAAAGGGUGUUGCCAAUAUUGCCCAAGCUUUGAAAGAUAACAAUGUCAUUACCACUUUGGAACUGGGCUACAAUCCCAUCGGAGCCGAAGGUGCAAAGGCUCUAUGCGAAGUUCUUAAGUAUCACGGAAAGAUUGAAACACUCAAGCUUGGUUGGUGUCAGCUUGGAGCGAAGGGUACAGAGUACAUUGCAGAUGCUUUGAAGUAUAACACAACCAUAUCAACUUUGGAUCUACGAGCGAAUGGACUUGGAGAUGAAGGAAUCAUCACUUUAGCCGCCAGCUUGAAGAUAGUUAAUGAAGCUUUGACCUCACUCGAUCUGGCAUUUAAUGAGAUAAGAGAUAAUGGAGCAUUUGCUCUGGCGCGAGCUCUAAAGGCUAACGAUGAAUUGGCAAUCGCGUCCUUGAACCUUGCGAGCAACUUCAUUACAAAAUAUGGGCAGGUUGCUUUGACGGAUGCCAGGGACCACAUUUACGAGAUGAGCGAAAAGGAGGUGAACAUUUAUUUUUAGCUGCCUCCACCGAUCCAUAUAGGUUUCAACUCUCUCUCUCUCUCUCUCUCUCUCUCUCUCUCUCUCUCUCUCUCUCUCUCAUGUAAAAACUAUAGAAGUCGCAGUAAUUGCUGCACCGGCAGUUUGUGAGGCCAUGCAUUCAUGCGGGCGACAUUUUGUUUUGUUUUGUUUUGUUUUUUGUUUUUUGUUUUUUUUGUUGCGGGCAAGUUAUGAUUAAUUGCGGUACUUGAAUAUUCUGCAUUGUGCGAGCUUACGGAUAAUCACAUGUUAAAAGAAGGCUUGGGCAUUUUAAGAAACAUAAAUGUUCACAUACAAACAUCUUAUAUGAA